GCUUCUGUGGUUAUUUUGCAGUUUAUAUUUAUCAAGCAUAGUAGGAGAAGUGCUUGUGAAGACUGUUCUUACAACUCGUAAAAAACUCAAGAUGUUUUGGUCUAACAUUUGUAAGAUAUUUUUCUUCUCUCUAUUCUUGAUUGUGGCUUUCAUGCCAGGACUGAGUACUGGUGGCAACCACUGGUUGCGUGUUUUGCUGACAACAGUGUCGGGUACCUCAGAGAUUCCUGAGUUUGUGGCAUUGGGUUAUGUGGAAGAUGAAUUGCUUGCAAGAUAUGACAGCAAAAAUCAAAGUCUUGAGCCCCUUAAGAAGUGGGUAGUAGAUGUUGUGGGUGAGGAUCACUGGAACAGACAUUUAAAGAUCUUGCAAGAGCAACAACUGAUGUGCAGAAAUAUUCUGCUGAUGUUGAUGAUCUUAAACUACCACACUAGUGGUAUCCAUACUUUACAGCAUAAGCUUGGCUGUUCUUUGAAUGAUGACACCACCAGGAUCAGCAAUGCAUUUUUUCAGUUAGGUUAUGAUGGACAGGACUUCAUCUCAUUUGAUAAAGAGACUCUGACUUGGACUGCAGCAACACCAUUAGCUAAACUUGUUAAAAAUGAAUGGGAUUCUGGCAUAGCCUUCAAUAUAGAGAUGCAUGGUUAUUUGGAGAAGGGGUGCAUUGAAAUGCUUCAGAAAUAUAUUAAAUAUACUCAAACGCAUGUGGGAAGAAAAGUUCCACCAGAGGCAAAGAUGACUGAGAAAACAGAGAGUGGUAGUACCAAUCUGAAAUGCAGAGCUACUGGAUUUUACCCUCGAGAUAUUGAUGUAUAUUUUGUUAAAGGUGAUAAUGACAGAAUUGAAACAGCAACAUCCUCUGGAAUUCUGCCAAACAGUGACGGAACAUAUUAUACUGAAAAAUGGACAGAAAUUGAUCCACAAGACAAAUAUAAUCACUCAUGCCACAUUGAGCAUGAAGGUUUAAAAUCAAAGCUGAUUGUAAAGCUUGAUCAAACAUCCAAUGUUGCACUCAUUGUUGGGAUUAUUGCUGCUGUUGCCGUGAUCCUUAUGGCCGUAAUCACAGUGGUUAUCUGGAAAAAGAAACAAAAAGUUUUGGAAAAUUGAAUUUAAAGAAGCUCCCAGAAGAGACUGGAGAUACUUUACAUACGUCAUGAUAUUAUUAGAAAAUGUCUAGCCCAUUUGAGGGGUCAUCAUUGUUUUUGCUUUGCCUGCCAAUGAAUGUCUAUGUUUUCCUUUUAUAUGAAAAUAAUAAACUCAACUGAAACUUUUAGCUCUA